AUGCAAGGUGAAGGUAAAAAGAUUAAGCCUAUCAGAUAUGGUCCCUUUGAGAUCUUGGAAAAGAUCGGUACCAAUGUCUUUCACCUUAAUCUUCCUCCAUAUAUGCAAAUUUACUUAGUUUUAAAUGUAGAAAAUCUGAAGUUUUACGAGCCUCCAAUGAUAUUGGAUGAAGAGGCUUAUGUUCAGGUUCCUUCUGUUGAUGACCUCUCACCUGAGUAUAUGUCAAAACUGCCCGAGGAUGUCAUUCUUGACAUAAAUGUCAGAUCUUCAAAAAGAGGUGCUAUUGAGUACCUUAAGGCUGGACGUAAAGGGAUGCAUCCUGGAAAAGCACAAUGGAUGGAGGUUGAAAGAGUGAGGGAUUUGUAUCCUCACUUACUUUCCGAGUAA